AUGACUUCUUCAGAAUGGCUUGAUGAAGCAAUUGCCGGUGGUAAAAUCCGUAAAAUACCAUACGAUGACAUCACUAAGAUAGAAACUCUUGAUGAAGGAGCAUUUGCAAAAGUUUAUUUGGCUAAAUGUAAUUUAAUCUCCGAGGAGAUUGUACUCAAAAAGAUUCAAAAAUGUCAUAUUAAAGAAAAAGACAGCCUUUUCGCUUUUAUAAAGGAGCUAAAAAUACAUAGUAAUUUGGAUCAGCAUGUUAAUAUUAUUUCAUUAUACGGGAUUAGCGAGAAAAAAAACUCCUAUUUUCUGGUAAUGCAAUACGCAAACAACGGGACGUUGUGUAAAUUUCUGAAAGAGAAAUGCGAUACUUUAGACUGGGCUAAAAAGUUAUCUCUAGCAAAGCAAAUGGCUGAUGGCAUUCAAUAUCUUCAUUCGUGCAAGAUAAUUCAUCGUGAUUUGCAUUCCAAAAAUAUUCUAAUACAUGAUGGUCAAAUAAAAAUCUCAGAUUUUAACCUUUCUAAGGACAUUAACAGCUUACCCACGAACAAUUCGGAAAUUUUGGGCGCAACACCCUAUAUUGACCCUAAAAUGUUUAUAGACACCAAAUACAAAAAAGAUCAAAAGUCAGAUAUUUAUAGUUUAGGAGUUUUAUUCUGGGAAGUAUCGAGUUGCCGUGCCCCUUUUGCAGGUCAUAGUAAUCAUGUUGCCCUUAUGUCUGAGAUUAUUAAGGGAGUACGUGAAAAUCCACAUGUUGAUACGCCUUUAGAAUACGUAAAUUUAUAUGUGGAUUGUUGGCAAUUUGAGCCGCAAGCUCGGCCUUCGAUCAAUGAGGUUCGCAAUAGAUUAGAGAAAAUUCUAACUGAAUGA